AUAAUCUGUGUUCACUGUUCAAUAUUUAAUUUGAUGUUUGAUCGUGUAUCCUGGUGAAUUUCUUGGCGGUGAAGUCAAUAUUUUAUCAAAAUGUCUAAUAAAAAAAACAAGGAAAUUCAAAGAGAAGACAGUGAAAGUGAAGAAGAACAAGAAUCUGGCAGCGAGAGAGAUUCAGACUUUGAUUCUGAUGGAAAUUAUGUUGGCGAUAAGGAAUUACUAGCAGACUUUGAAGGACGAAACCCAGAAGAUUGUGACUUUCAUGGAAUAAAACAACUUUUGAGACAACUGUUUCUUAAAUCAAAUGUUGAUUUGGGAGCACUAGCACAGAUUAUUAUUUCACAAAAUUAUAUAGGCAGUGUUGUAAAACAGUGCCUAGAUGAUGGUCAAGAUGAUGAUGAUGAUGACGAUGAUGGCAGUGAUGGAGUCUUUGGAAUGACCACCAUUAUAAAUAUUACCAAAAGAAAAGAUGAAAAUUGCAUAAAACAAGUCAGAUUAUUGCUAACCACACUUGCCAAUGAUAAUGCUGAUGACCGAGUUAAAGCCCUAGUCAACAAAAUACUCUCAGAUGAUGCAAAUCAUGUAGGCUUAAUUAUAAAUGAAAGGAUUCUGAACAUUCCAGCUGCCAUCAGCGUACCACUCUUCUCAUCACUACAGAAUGAGUUAGACAAAGCAUUGAAAAAGAACAUGCCCUACGCAUUCCAAUACCUUGUAUGGAUUUGCAAAACAUACAAAACUGGUGAUGAGGAAUCAGAGGUAUUGUUUGCAAACCAAGAGGAGAAGCCCCUAGUUGAAGAGGCCUUAGCCAGUUUUGAUGUGGAUGUAACAGAGCAAGCAGAAUUAUCUCAGUGGGACUUCGAUGGAGGUGCUAUGACUCCUUGUAGAAAGGUACUAAUCUUUGAAGGCAGUAAAUUCAAUCAGCUAGUUAGGCUGCUGAAAGAAGAAGUGGAAAGUGCAUAAGAAAAUGCUUAUUCAAUCAUAAGUUAUGUUAUACUAUGCCAUUAUUACACGGGAUGUAAUUAUAUAUUUAUACUCUUAAGAAUAUUAAAUUUAUGCUAAGCUUAAGAA